GCAUCAGUUUCUUCACCGUCUUCUUCUUCUUCUUCUUCCUGCGCUUGAACCAGAACAUUUCACAGGAGGAAGAUAACAGACGUCCAGAAUCUCUUUCUUACUUCCCGAGUUCUGAACUCAUUCACAGCUUUGGAGAGAGAGAGAGAGAGAGAGAGAGAGCGAGGAAGGACGAAGAUGCUCGAAGAAUGUGGAAGGAGAUCGAGAAGAGAGAAUCGGGCAGAGUCCGCCCACGUUCCUUCGCGAACCGGGUCAAAUCCAGCCGCGUCGCUUCUCUCCAACUCUCCAAUCACAAAGACAUUGUCUCUCCCCACAAAGGUUCCGUCAACUCUCUUCAGGUUGAUUUGACAGAGGGCCGCUAUCUGUUGUCCGGCGCAUCUGAUGCAUCGGCUGCGGUUUAUGAUGUCCAACAACCACAAAAGCUUGAGGGAGGUGGGCUGAUCGCAAAGCACAAACCUAUCUUUGUCAUUGAUAAGCAGCAUGAGCACCGACAUAAGUAUGCAAUUUCCUCAGCCAUAUGGUAUCCCAUUGACACAGGGCUUUUUGUAACCGGCUCAUACGAUCACUAUAUAAAAGUUUGGGAUACAAAUUCCACGCAGGCGGUGAUGAAUUUCAAAAUGCCUGGGAAGGUUUAUAGUACUUCCAUGUCCUCAUUGGCAACGUCUCACAUGCUAAUUGCUGCUGGAACCGAAGAUGUUCAAGUCCGACUGUGUGACAUUGCCUCAGGUGCAUUUGCUCACACAUUGUCUGGUCACCGAGAUGGAGUAAUGACAGUCCAGUGGUCUAAUUCUAGUGAGUAUGUACUGGUAACUGGAGGGUGCGAUGGUGCAAUACGCUUUUGGGAUAUCAGACGUGCAGGAUGCUUUCGUGUCUUAGAUCAAUCUCACUCUCAACUUGGGAGGCGGCCACCACUUUUGGAGCGCUCUGCAAUGACAAAGGUGUUUGUGUCCUGCGUGGUGACUUGCAUCUGCAUUUUGGGUUCAACUUCUAGAUCAUCGUCAGGAGGCCAAAAUAUGUCAAAAGCAACAGCGGUGUCGAGGAAAUCUUCCCAUGGAAAUGGUGCUAAGCAUUCAGGUUCAAAUAGAAUUUCUGCGAAGGGAUCUAUCAAGCACAGGUUACAUCCAGGGAUGUUGUCUAGUCAGGAUCGUGCUACUGCUCAUUAUGGUGCUGUCACUGGGUUAAAAAUAUCAGAAGAUGGCAUGUACCUCUUUAGUGCAGGUUCUGAUUCAAGAUUACGACUAUGGGACAUUGAAUCAGGCUGCAAUACGCUUGUAAACUUUGAAACGGUGCGCCUGCAGACGAACAAGCCCAUACAGCUGUCAGUGUCCGAGGAUUCCGCACUUGUUUUUGUCCCAUGCAUGACGGUGGUGAAAGCAUUUGAUUUCUGGUCAGGGAAGACAUACUUCACAUUUCGGGGCCACUAUGAGUAUGUGAACUGUUGCUGUUAUAGCGCACUGGAUCAGGAAUUAUACACCGGCGGCAAUGAUAGACAGAUACUUGUGUGGUCACCAUUCAUCUCUUAUGAAGCAGACGAAGGAACUACAAGGAACGAGGACUCAUGGAGCGAUUGACAUGCAUUUCUCCUCUGCCUACAUCUGUAAAGACCAGUUCUGUGCAUUAAAAGUCUCUGAGUCAUGACUGUACAUUAUUGUAAUCUGUGUACAUCCAGGUUUAAUUUCGCUUUCGUUUAUUGCAGCCCAUUCUCUCAAUUUCGAGGCAGGACAAUAAACUUGUCAAAAGUGGAAAUAUUUGUUACUCUAUCGAUGAUCUUGUUUCAUUCUAC